AUGUCUUCACAAGCCCUUCCAACUCCAACCAAUCGUAACAUCAUUCCACCACCCAAUCGUGGUGGGUUUUCACCACGUGAAUUGUUGUUCUUUCGUCAAAUGAUGCAUCGACGAGGAAAGUCCCUACCCCAGCAUCUUCGCGAACCCACACGGUCAUCCAUCACCCCACCGGCUCCACUCCCAUCGAUGCCAAACCCAAUCAACUCUCUUGGUCGGUUAAGAAAAGUACCUGUGUCCGUACCACUCGUUCAAAAAUCAACGCCCCUCAAGGCUCGAUCCAAGAAGUCGAUCCCACUGUUUACCAAAUUCGGUAAACCCAAACUUUCUCGUACGGCUUCGGGUAAACAUUCAUACCGACCUACGAUCAAAGGACGCAUCGUUCUUGUCACCGAUCCAUCGGAUCUUCCAAAACCAAUCCCUUCGGCUUCUCGAGUGCCACUUACGAAAGUCAAAGUGGUCAAAGUGGAACAAAAGAGCAAAACUCGUGAAGGGACAGACGCCGCUUCGACCACUGUCACUUCGACCGCUGUCACUUCGAACGAUGCCACUUCGACUGCUGUUGUUUCGACCGCUGUCCCUUCGGCAGAUGUCACUUUAAACGAUAUCUUUUCGAGCGAUGCCGCUUUGACCGAUGCCUUGGCCCAUCAGAUAUCAACCUCAUGGGUCCAAGAAGCUUAUGACAUGGUAUUUGGACCAUAA